CACAACAAAGAUUUGCCGGGAAAUCUGCGUCGUCUUAGCGGCUGCCGAAGUUACGAAUGUUUAUGAAAGACUCAGCCAGAGUGUGUUUUUUCUAAUUAAACAUAGUCUCUGGUUGUAUUCUGUGUUUGUUCAAGUCAAUAUGGACGAAUAUGACGAACUUUUCGAGAUACAGGACGACUUUGAGGACCAGUACGCCGAUGAGCUGGAAGCGUUGGCCGAGAUGGAGAUGGAGAAGGAUACCUCCAAGCCAGGGAAACGCCAGCAGCAGGACAUCUCUGAAAUAGAGCAUCUUCUGGAUGAUCAGCCCGGCACCCCAAAGGCAAAGCGUCAGAAGCAGGAGGCUGGAGUGGUCAAACGACUUUUCAACUCAACCAAAGAGGUCAAAGACUUACCACAGAAAGAUGACAUCACCCCACCAUCCUCACCUGAGCAGUAUGAACCCUCUGUCCCCGUCAGGACUACCUCAGCCCUUUUGGAUAUCAGCGGCUUUGGUACGAUCCCAGACACUCCCGCGCGACCUCCCACAGUGGCUCCAGCAUCACUGCAUGUUCUGAGACGGCCUCCUUUAGAGGGAGAGUUCAUCACUGUGACAGACUCGUCAGGGAGUCGUGUCUACCUCAGACAGAGAGAAAAAACAGGGACAGAGGGGGUGGAAUCCAGGAUGGUACCAAACUCCCUGGGUUCACUGGGACUGCUGGCAGUGCCUAUAGGUGUGUUGAGAGAACAAGAAGCUGACAGGCGUCACCAGCAGGUUGUUGAAGAAUCUCAGCGUCUUACAGAGCUGCUGACAAAUAGUGUGAAUGACGUAUUGGUUGAGCCUGAGAGCAGAGGAGAUGAAGACAACGACGAUCCUGAAGACACAGAGGGCAGAACCUCUAGACUGUGGGUGGACAGAUACUCUCCUGGACACUACACGGAGCUGCUCAGUGAUGAUUUUACCAACCGCUGUCUGCUCAAGUGGUUGAAACUCUGGGACACUGUUGUGUUCGGGAGAGAGAGGAAGUCCCGCCCUGUCCGAUCUGACAGACAGGCUCCCAACCAGAACUCAUUCAAUCCUAAUCAACCUAAUCAGAAUCCAAAGCGCUUCAAGACCAAGAUCGAGAUGACCGAGGAGCUGCUGGAGGCUGAGCUGGACCAGUACCAACGACCCAGGUUCAAGGUGGCGUUGUUGUCGGGUCCUCCAGGCUUGGGGAAGACUACCCUGGCUCAUAUCAUCGCAAAGCAUGCUGGGUACAAUGUGGUGGAAAUCAAUGCCAGUGAUGAUCGCAGUGCAGAGAUUUUCCAGAAACGCAUCGACACAGCGACACAGAUGAAGUCAGUUCUAGGAGCAAAUGAGAAGCCGAACUGCCUGAUUAUUGAUGAGAUCGAUGGAGCACCAGCGGCUGCGAUCAACAUUCUUUUAGCAACUCUGAACAAGAAAGACGGACAUGGCGGGGAGGCCGGAACUGAUCCAACAAAGAAGAAAAAAAAGAAAGAGUCCAUGCUGCUUCGACCGAUCAUCUGCAUCUGUAACGACCUUUAUGUUCCAGCUCUCAGACCGCUCAGGCAGCAGGCUUUCCUUCUGACUUUCCCCCAGACCCAACCUUCCCGCCUCGCACAGAGACUGGCAGAGAUCUCCCUCCGGCAGGGGAUGAAGGCAGACACGGGCACUCUGAUUGCUCUGUGUGAAAAGACAGACAACGACAUCAGGUCGUGCAUUAACACACUACAGUUCCUCCAUGGUCGGGGGCUUAAGAAGGUGGACACCAGGACCAUCCAGUGUGUCUCUGUGGGUCAGAAGGACCAAAACAAAGGCUUGUUUCAUCUGUGGCAGGAGAUCUUCCAGUUGCAGCGUGUUAAACGGAAACGUAUAGGUGAGGGCUUUGAGGAGGCCCCGGGCUCAGGAGGUGGAGCUCAGAGGUUUCAGCACAUUUUACAUUUGGCUUCAUCAAGUGGAGAGUUUGAAAAGGUUUCUCAGGGUCUGUAUGACAAUUAUCUGUCCAUGCGUGUAAGGGAUCCAAACCUGGAGAGUGUGUGCGACGCUCUGGAUUGGCUGUCGUUCUCAGACAGGCUGAAUUACGUGAUUCUGCACGGGCAGAACUUCUCCCUCAUGAGAUACCUUCCCUUCCUGUCUGUGACGUUCCACUUUCUUUUUGCCCACACACACAUUCCCCGAAUCAGCUACCCUCACAGCCAGCACGAGGCCGCCUCCCGGAUCCUCAGCAGCAGGAACGCUUUGUCGACCAUGUUGGCUGACAUCCCAGCAUGCAUCAGAACGAGGAUCAGCCAACUGAGCCUGACCCUUGAUAUUCUCACGCUGCUCCUCGACAUCAUCUGCCCCAAACUAAGGCCUGUGAAUCCGCAGCUCUUCAGCAGCAGAGAGAAGGAGCAGAUGCGAGAGCUUAUAGACACCAUGCUGUCUUACAACCUUUCAUACAGGCAGGACCGCACGCCUGAGGGACAGUACAUAUACAUGCUGGAGCCGCGUGUGGAGGAGGUGGUGAGGUUUCAAGGCCUGCCUACUCGCCGUCAGCUGACAUAUCAGGCCAAGCAAACGAUCAGCAGAGAGAUGGAGCAGGAGAAGAUGAGGAGAGCCGAGCAAAUGAUGCUGCUGAGAAACCCUGCAGGGAGGCAGGGAGAGAAAAAGAGCGCCGUUGCUAAGCCGACAAGGAACCACGAGCUGAGGCUGGAGAACAUCGUCAAACAGACCACAGUGGAGAGCAGGCCGGAAGUGGAUUUCUUUGGACGAGCUCUUGCCCCCAAACUCCCGAAACCUCAGCUUUCCUCAGACUCAGGCGAGAGGUGUCCGGUUCAGUGUAUGGGAACGGCUGUGGGUAGCAGUGACGUCUGGUUCCGCUUCAACGAGGGGAUGUCCAACGCUGUCAGACGAAAUGUUUACAUCCGAGAACUGCUGUAACGCCCCAAAGUACACACACGCAAACUUUGAACUAUUUUACUUUGCCUUGUCUAAAGAAAAGAAAAAAUCCAGCUGUUAAAUUCAAAACAGUCUUUAUUUUGAUUGACAGUGUAAAGAGCCAAUAAAAACAUGUUGUUGAA